AACUUUUUAACUGUCAACGUCACGUCUACUUGGUGUGUUUGUUGAAUGCUGAAUUUUUCAUAUUUAUCACACAAAACCUAUACAACACUCAGUGCCCUCCUUAGAAGAAUGGGGAAUAGAAAACGAAACCGUAAUGUCAAUAAAUUCGCACAGCGAAAACGGGACAAGAAGGAACAGGAGAAAAACCCUCAAGCAAAGCCAGAAGGUGAUACACGUAAGCACUAUGAAGAUAUAGUCCGAGAAAACGCUACUUUCGAAGAAUAUUACAAGGGUCAAAAAGUAUGCCCUGAAGAAGAAUGGCCAGCAUUCAUGAAGGCACUUAAGGAAAAUCUGCCCACCGCAUUCCGGAUAACUGGCUCCAAAUGUGAGGCUGACGCACUGAUGAACAUUGUGAAGAGUGAAUACUUCUCGGAGCUGCUCAAUGUCAAGCUGAAGACCGAGGGAGAGGAGGAAGAGGAAAUCAAACCUAUGAAUUUGCCUUGGUACCCAAAUGGCUUGGCAUGGCAGCUGCGCCUGUCCAGAACAGACAUCCGUCGCAGCGAGCCCCUCUACAAGCUGCAUAACUUCCUGGUAGCGGAGACGGCUGCAGGCGGUGUGUCCCGUCAGGAAGCUGUCUCCAUGAUACCACCUGUUGUGCUGGAUGUACAGCCACAUCACAAAGUACUGGACAUGUGUGCAGCCCCUGGUUCUAAGACAGCUCAGCUGAUUGAGUUCCUACAUGCAGAUGAGGAUAAAAUGCCAACAGGCUUCGUGAUGGCGAAUGACGUGGACAACAGCCGCUGCUACAUGCUGGUGCACCAGGCCAAGAGACUCAACUCGCCCUGCAUCGUCAUCACAAACCACGACUCUGCUGUCAUGCCCAACAUACAAGUCACGGACCCCAAGAACCCAGAAUCCACUGUCCCGCUGAAGUUCGACCGGAUCCUGUGUGACGUGCCGUGCUCCGGGGAUGCGACGCUGCGGAAGAAUCCCGACAUCUGGCUCAAAUGGUCCACGGGCAACGGGAACAACCUACACGGCAUCCAAUACCGCGUGCUGAAGCGCGGCUGCGAGCUGCUGGCCUCGGGCGGGCGCCUCGUGUACUCCACCUGCUCGUUCAACCCCGUCGAGAACGAGGCCGUCAUACACAGGAUGCUGGCCGAGGCCGGCGGCAGCAUCGCCCUAGUGGACGUCCGGGCCUCGCUCACCGGACUGAAGUCACACCCAGGCAUGACGCAUUGGCGGCCGGCGUCAAAAGACAUGGUGUUCUACGACAAGUACGAGGAGGUCCCGGAGAAGUGGCAGACCGUGGUGCGCCCGCAGAUGUUCCCGCCCCAGCCUGAGGACCUGGACAAAUUCCACCUGGACAGAUGCAUUCGAAUCCUGCCCCACCACCAAGACACGGGUGGUUUCUUCGUGGCCGUGCUCGAGAAGACGGCGCCGCUCCCGUGGGAGAAGGACCGCGAGACGGAGCAGCCCCAGGAGAGAGAGAGAAAGGAGGAGAAGCCGCCGGCCAAGAGGAGGCGCAUGGGCGGCUACAGGGAGGACCCGUUUGUGUUCUUCAAGGGGGAUGAUGAGGAUGUGUUCCCGUCGAUUAAGGAGUUCUAUGAUCUGAGCGCGGAGUUUGAUUCCAAGUGUUUGCUGACCAGAUGUCACGUGGGCAAGAAGAAGAACAUCUACCUGGUGUCCCCGGUAGUGCGCGACGUGGUGCGCCGCAACGAGAACAGCAUCAAGAUCAUCAACACCGGCGUCAAGACCUUCGUGCGCUGCGACAAUAAGAACAUGACCUGCGCCUUCAGGCUAUCCCAGGAAGGGCUGGCCAGUGUGGCCCCGUUCAUCGGGCCGCGGCGCCGCGUGCGCAUCCUCAAGGAGGACUUGGUGCUGGUGCUGCAGAACGACAACCCCAGCAGCCCCCCGGACCUCAAGCUCUUCAGCGAGCACGCGCAGGCGCAGCUCAAGGAUCUCGCAACCGGCAGUUGUAUCCUGCAGUACCAGGCCCCGGGGUCGAGCCUGCGCCUCGCGCUGGUGGGCUGGCGCGGCGUGCACUCGCUGCGCGCCUACACCGCCACGCCCGACACCGUGCACUACCUGCGCCUGCUCGGGGCUGACUUUAGCAAAUAUGAUGUAAAUAAGUUUAAGAAGGCGUCAGAUGUACCAGAGGGUGACGUCGACGCGACAGAGACAUCAGAAGCGAUGGAAGUGACAGCGGCGACCGAGGCGCCAUCAGAGACGGGCGAGGCUAAUGGCUCCGACAAGUUAUAGCGUUAAGUAUGUACUAUAAUGUUAUUAUUCUUUAAUAAAUGACAUUUGUAAACAUUA